AAAAUUGGUCUAGGGUCCACUGUAGAGAACUUGUAAUCCAGUUAGUCCACUUCUAAUGUUUGUAACCCCUCUAGUCCGCUAAUAUAGUUUAGUAAGGCCUUAAGUCCACUUCUUUUAAAAAAGAAUUUGAACCAAGACAAAAAUGUCCUAUAUAAGCUAUCAUAUAGAGAGAAUCCCUAGACGAAAAACAAAUUUGGAGCACAGCCUUCCCUCUCUCUUUCGAUUGAUGCCACUGCCGCCAUGGCCAUGGAGCUUGUGAUGGGUACCUACAGAUCAAACAACACCUUCGCAACCAAACUGGUAGACAACGCCGUGGUCCAAGAGGCGGCGUCGGGCCUCAAAAGCGUCGAGAAAUUCAUCCGGCUCCUGUCCCAGUCCCAAAUCUCUCCUCCGGACUCUGACCGAAAUUUGUCUGUGGAAUUAAACACCAACUGCAAAGCCGUGGCCGACAUUGCCGUGAUGAAAUUCAAGCGGGUCCUUUCCCUCUUGGGCCGCACCCAAACCGGCCAUGCCCAGUUCCGGCGAGCCCCUUUGGUUUCUCACCCCCCGAUUCUAGUCCAACCCAACGACGGGCCGGAGACCAGGGUCUAUUGCCCGACUCCGAUUCAGCAGAUUCCUCCGGCGGUUUCUCUCCCGAACCUAAAGAACGGCAUGAUUAGCUUCUCAUACUCUCUGGUGAUUUCCAGAGCGAACUCGUCGUUGACGGGGGAGACAGCUACGAAGCAGCAGCAGCCGUUGUCGUCCGCGCCGUUUGUUGUUUUGAAUCUGUCUCAGGCGUCUUUGUCCAGCAAGCCACCGUUGUUGAAGCAGAAGUGCAGUUCGUCAGAGAAAUAGCUGUGGGUGUACAUAGUUGGGCCACUUUUGGGAGCAAUGGCUGGAGGAUUUGCCUACAACUUAAUUAGAUUUACAGAAAAAGCCCUUGGGGAAUUGGCAAAGUCCUCCUCCUCAUUUCUCAAGACCCCUUGAGUUAAUUACUUCUUGUUUAUUAUGUUUAUUUUUUUAGAUGGAUUCGUUCACCAUUUCCAGUUCAUGAAAGCAAAACAAAGUUUAAAAAUUUUCAUUUAUUGUGACAUAUAAGUUUAUAUGUGCACUUUUUCAACAUGUAGAGAACAUAUUUUGCAUGGUACAAAGUUCAGAUAUACACAUAUAAUAUUAUAUGUACUUGUGUUGGCAAAAAAUACAUUUCAGAUAUCAAUAGAUAACUUUAUAUGUCUCAGAUCUAUCUUCGUUUUUGAUAACGUACAGAGGUCAAAUUGACAUAUAAAAUUAUAUGUGCACUUUUGUUGAUGUAGUACUAAACAUAAGACAAGAACGCAGAUUGAGAUAGAUAACGGUUCAAGAAGGGAAGGGCUCAAAACAGGUAAAAAAAGAAA